CCACUUUCCUAUUUAGCCCUUUAGUGCUGUUUUUUUGUGUGUAUUUUAGGUGGUGUUUUUGGAUCUAUCUUAUAAUCUCAAAAAUGUCAGUUCUCUAUAUGGGGUGUUCACUAGAGAAUGAUCUUGAAAUGAAAGAAGGGGUGGUGAUUCAACUGAAAGAUGAUAGUAGAGAGAGUAUAAACAACAUGAUGAUCGAAAAUGUGGGAGUCAACGGUUUUGAUUUUGACACUGAGUUUGACUUUUGGCCGAUUCAACACCCAACUGAACCGUCUCAUGAAGAUAGACCGGUCCAGUGUCCCAUGCCUCACUCUUCCCACCUUAUCAAAGAUGAAAGAAUGCAAGAUGAUGGGUUUUCAGAUUACAAGAAGCCAGAAGCGAAACCGGUUCUUCACAGAGAUUUUAAAGCUCUAGAAGCGACAGAACCGAUCAUGAGAAUGGUCCGCAAAAGGCAUCAUGAUCAUACAAAUGUCUUCAUGCCAUUGCUUCCAACUUUGCCUGCGUAUUCUUAUUCGCACGAAAAACCCGUCUUCAAUAAGCUUCAGCAAGUUCCCAAGUUUGAAUCUUGACGACCCGAAUGGCGGUUUUAGUUGCUGAGGUGUCAGAUUAUGAAUGGUGUUAUGACACUUAACCUAGAGUAAAUGUGAUAUUAACAGUGAUUUAGAUGCGGUUUGGUGAAACAUAUUUAUAUAUGUAUAAUGUUGAGCGUUUUCUUUUAGUGGUA